UCUAAAACCCUCUUUCGAAUUCCAUUUCCCUCUCUCGCUCUCAUUUUUGGAUUCAAGAAACCUAAAACCCGUUCGCCAUUUCGGGCGAGAUUCCGUUUCUAUCGGCUGCUCGUUUCAGAGGUUUUUGUUUCUCAGAUUUCGCAUCGGAAGUGUCGUGUGUGAAAUGCAUCCUCCUCUGACGCUGCAUAGGCACCCGAUGUGCGCUGAAAUUAUUGAACUGUUCCAGAAGUGUCACACAGACCAUCCUGUUGCCAAGUUCUUUGGCGAGUGUACAGAUCUCAAGAUAAAACUAGACCAUUGUUUCCGAGAGGAAAAAGCUUUGAAGCGAAAAGCAAACUUUGAAGAGAGCAAGAAGUUGAAGGAAAGGUUACAGGCUUACAGAAAAGCAACUGCGGAGAAUAGCUCAGAAUAAUGUCUCAAAUUCACUACCAUUUUUAGAGCUUUGCUAACCACUCACACAUGUGCAACGAAGCUCAUGCACAUGACACAGAUAUGCCAGCAUGCCAUGAUAGGUCAUAGAUCCAAUCCAUUCAUCAGAAAGGAACCACUAUAUUGAUGCCCUAUCUCAAGAAUCAGGUUGAUCCACUGCUCUGGUGGGCCACAGUUUGAAUACAAAUGUACUGCUCUGAAAAACUUGCUUGAAGUUUUUCUACCCAUUCCCACCUUUCCAAUAUUUGGGGCCUGAUUUUUUUUUGGAAAACAAGUAGAAGGUUGAACCAACCUGAUGGAUCGAUUGGAUCUUGCACCUAGUUGCCAUGCUGGCACUUGUGGCAUGUACAUGAGCUUUGUAGUACAUGCAUUUGCACUUAGCAAUGCUCCCAUUUUUAUACUAAACCCAUGUUUAACAAAAUAACAUCCGGAUUAUGUACAAACGUUUCAUU